AUGCAAAACCAACCUCCAAACCAACUGGUAUAUCUGCAAGAUGGACUGUUGGGAGCAGAAAAUAGUGGCCAUUCUCAAAAGAAAAUAUUGCCAAACACAAGUUCUAAGAAUGAGCAGUGUGCUAUUGGUCCUCCUGCAACCACACAAGGAUUCAUUCAAAAUACAACGCAGUUACCCCUUGUUCUUCAAUAUCCUACCAUUUUAAAACAUCAAUUCGGAAUUUCUUCAUCUAAUCUGCCACAGGUGCAGCAACGACACAUUAUUAAUUCACUUCCAGUUUAUUCACCCAACUUUAAUUUUUUCUAUUCAAAACAAGCACCACCGCCUCCACCACCACCACCGCCAACCCUAGGUUAUGUUGUUUUACCAAACACAAUAGCUGAACGCCAAACUAUUGCAACCUUUCAAAAAGAUAGAAACAAUCCUAAACCAAACAAAACAGAAUAUUCAGAAACUUUCAUCCCGGUUCAACCAAAAGGUAAUCCCAAACCAAAGAUCCAUAGAAUGAAAGAGAAAUAUACAAUAGAGAAAAGUCUUGAGUCAUAUUCAUUUGGUGAAAUUAGAAAUCUAUUCAAGAGCAAAACUGGUCUCUCUGAUAUGCAUUUUGCAACAAACAGGAUUGAGGAUGUUCGAGAAAACCAGUUAAUCAACUACUUUAGUUAUUCCAUAGGAAAAGCCUUAGAUGUAUUUGCCUCACAUGAAAUCUAUUCUCAAAUAUUUAUUGAACUUGCUUUAUUAGAUGACACAAAUGUCAUUUUGAAUGGUAUAUUUUGUUUGGCAGAAUAUGAAUUAUCAAAAGAAGAUUUCACAAAAUGCAUGCAUUAUUAUGAAACAACGAUUGCAAUUAUUCACAGUCAGAUACAAGACAAAAGCGAAAACAGACCAUUGAAAUAUAGAUGUUUGAUGGCAAUGAUGUUGCUUUGUAUAUUUGAGAAUAAAUUCCCUCAAAUCGAGUUGUCUCAUUUGCAACAUUACAAAAACAUGACAGUUGAAUUAUUCAAAAACCAACCAAUUGACGAAAUCAGAUUGGACCCUGUUUUGAAUUCCUGUUUUUGGACAGUAUUAAGAACAAGCUUUUUGCAUUCACUGUUAGCUGAACAAAACCCGUCACAAUUUAUACCAGACUCAACUUUCUUCAACUUGCAUACUAAUUUAUUAGAAGCUUCACCAUUUCAAGUCCCAGGUAUGUGGCAUUACAAAAAUAUAUUAGUGAAUCUAAUAAACGUAUGGAACUUCACUUAUGAUACACCAUCAGCAAAUGGGAAAAACCAGCAAAUUUAUGAUUAUCAUCAAUGGAAAACACACAAAAACGAUAUCUUAAUUGAAAUACCAACCACCUUGCGGCGAGGACUACACCAACAAUCUUAUAAUUUCCCAUUUCCAAUUUUUUAUUACCAUGACGAACUUACUGCAAUUAUCAAUGUGUUCCAUCGGCUAGCCUUGUUGUUUUUACACGAAGGGCUAACAAAAAGAGUAUCAAGAAAAGAUAGACUUAAAGAAGACAUGAUGUUUCCACUAAAUUUUGCCUAUAUUGUCUCACUAGAAAUAGUUGGGACUCUAAAACCAUACGAAAAUAGUCCAUUUAUUAGUUCUAUCGGGUUGUUUGCACUCAAGUAUAUUUGGAAAUACUUGCAAAAUGAUUCAAAUCUAACACCAUUAUUACAAAAUAUGGUUUCGGAUUUGUCUCUACUUUCUAAAAUACGUACUUAA